AAUACCCACUCUCCAUGGUCAACUUUUAAAUAAGAAUUGUUAUUAUCGUGCUCUGUUUGAAACAUGACAGCAGCCAAACUGCUAAAGUCAAGCUUGGAUCUUUAUCAAUUAGAAAAGAGAAAAGGUUGUAACUUUAUUCCCUCGUCGGCGGCCAGAGGCGCCACCGUAAGCGUGGAAACGAAACUACUCAAACCCCCUCUCAUGUCCAGAUGUUUCUCUAACCAAUCAUAAAUCAGCCUUUGAAGCCUUAAGAUAGUUCUCUUGAUUCUUGGGGUUGAAGUUAAAUGGCAGCUAAGAAAACAGUUGUGGCUGAUACCCUGGAGCCCUUGAUUCCUCUGUCUCAGAAUAUGAGUAACCUUAAUUUGAACACCUCUGACUUUAAGAGAAUACCUCAGUGGAAGGAUCAAAUCACAUUUAGAGGGUUGGUCGUGAGUGCUCUUCUAGGGACUGUGUUCUGCGUCAUGGUGCAUAGACUCAGUCUAGCAACUGGCUUGGUUCCUGUUAUGAAUAUAGCUGUUGCAUUGCUUGGAUUUUUCAUAAUUAAGAUGUGGACUCUUUUCUUAUCGAAAUUUGGUUUUUCGAGUGCCCCUUUCACUAGACAAGAGAAUACUGUCAUACAAACUUGUAUUGUCGCUUGCUAUGGUAUUGCAACUUCUGGUGGGUUCAGCACAUAUUUGCUUGCAAUGGAUGACAAAAUAUAUCAACUCAUUGGUGUUGAUUACUCUGGCAAUCGGGCAGAGGACGUUAAGAAUCCAGCCCUAGGGUGGAUGAUUGGCUUCUUAUUUGUUGUAAGUUUUCUUGGGAUUUUUAGUCUUGUUAUGCUACGCAAGGUCAUGAUAAUAGACUAUAAGCUUACUUAUCCUAGUGGAACUGCCACAGCAACGUUGAUUAAUAGCUUUCACACAAAUGCAGGAGCAGAACUUGCAGAGAAACAAGCGAACUAUUUGGGAAAAUGUUUGACCUUGAGUUUCUGUUGGAGCUGCUUCAAGUGGGUUUUCAGCGGCGUUGACAAUGCAUGCGGAUUUGAUCAUUUUCCAAGCCUUGGCUUAACACUUUUCAAAUACUCAUUCUAUUUUGAUUUCAACCCUAGCUUUGUUGGUUGUGGUCUCAUCUGUUCUCACAUAGUCAACUGCUCUAUUCUUCUCGGGGCAAUCAUAUUUCAUGGAUUUCUAUUACCUUUCAUUUCGAAACAUUCUGGGGAUUGGUAUCUGGCUGAUCUCCAUGUUAGUGAUCUUAGAGGUCUUGGUGGAUAUAAGGUUCUCAUGUCAACUUCGCUUAUUCUUGGUGAUGGCCUCUACAAUUUAAUCAAGAUAAUAGCAGUCACUCUGAAGAAAAUGCAUAGCAACACUAUCUAUGAAAGCUCUGAACUCCAUAUGGAACAGAAUUUAGGAAAUGAGUUAUUCCUCAAAGAGAGAAUUCCCUCUUGGUUUGCAGCUUGUGGAUUCACGUUUGUGGCUAUAGUUUCAGCUAUUACGGUACCAAUAAUCUUUCCACAAAUUAAGUGGUAUAUAGUUCUUCUCUCAUGUAUCAUUGCACCGAUCCUUGCUUUCUGCAACUCAUAUGGUACUGGGCUCACAGACAUGAGUAUGCUUACAACAUAUGGAAAGAUUGGCCUUUUCGCUAUUGCGUCAUUAGUCGGAAAGGAUGGCGGUGUCAUAGCAGGCUUGGCAGCAUGUGGUUUUAUUGUAACCAGUGCCUCUACUGCAGCUGAUCUAAUGCAAGAUCUCAGGACAAGUUACCUCACUCUAUCAUCGCCUAGGGCUAUGUUUGUGAGCCAAUUAAUAGGAACGGGGAUGGGUUGUGUCGUUGCUCCAUUAACAUUCUGGUUGUACUGGACUGCUUUUGACGUUGGGUCUCCUGACGGACCUUAUUCAGCUCCAUAUGCAGUUCUAUUUAGACAAAUGGCAAUUCUUGGAAUUGAAGGCUUCUCUGAGCUGCCUAAGUAUUCAUUGUGUAUAUUUUGCAGUUUCUUUAUCUUGGCUCUGGUUAUGAACAUUUUGAGGGAUGGAAUUCCAUCGAAACUAUCAAGAUAUAUUCCUAUUCCAAUGGCGAUGGCAAUCCCAGUUUUUGUAGGAGCUAACUUUGCCGUUGACAUGUUUGUUGGGACAGUAAUAUCAUAUAUUUGGGAGAGAAGAAAUAAGAAGGAUUCAGAGGAUUAUGUAGGUGUAGUUGCUUCAGGUUUAAUAUGUGGUGAUGGUCUUUGGACAAUACCAUCAGCUGUCUUCUCAAUUUUAAGGAUCAACCCACCUAUUUGUAUGUCCUUUAGGCCUUCUUUGAAUAUCUGAAUAGGGAAAUUGUAUUCUCCAUUGAAGGGGUCAUGUUCUUUAAAAUUGCUGUAAAUUCUUUGAGAGCAACUUGCUUAGGCAUUAUUGAUUAAAUAGAUUUGAUUAAGUGGUACCUGCAAUUUCUGGUA